AACAUAACUUAUACUUAUAACGCGUCUCUGACUUUAUCCUUAUUCUUCGACCGUGACAUUCACCGCCACAUCAUGAGAAGGAGACGAACGAUAACGACACGUUCAGGCAAAUUUGACCCAGAGGAUGCUCGCCGUGUCAAGCACACUCGCAUCGGCGUAUGGGACCUCUACGAAGAUCGCCAGACUGAUUUGCCACGCAUACCAGGCUCAUCAAGAUUGGAGACGUAUGCCCAGAUAAUCCAGGACAUGCCCCACGUACUGCGCAUGUUGAAGGAUGUACUCAGCAUUAGACAGUGUUGGCUACUACUCCCUGUAUUCUUCGUAGUAGAAGUCUUAGCCUCCCUCACACCUGCCGUUUCCCUAUGGUACUCCGGACAACUGCUGCGCCUUGUAGAGACCGCAAUAGAGACACGUACUGUGGACACGACAGUUCUCAUCCAUGUUGCAGUAGGACGCGUUGCAUGCACAGUCGCGGCGCGCCUUCUCCAAUACGCCCAAAGCCGCAUUGUCAUCCCCAUCAACAUGUCCAUCAAACAAUUCUAUGCUGGGCAUAUAUUCCACUCCAUGGCACGCCUUGACGUGCCUACCUUUGAAGACCCCGCCGUUCAAAGGCAACUCGAGUCCGCGUGGGCCUCCCCCUGGGGCUCUAGCGUAGCUUGGCAAACCGUCCAGAUGUCGACGAACGUCGUAAUGACGGUUAUUCGUCUGCUCUCUCAAAUUUCGGUUCUAUUUACAGUUCUGCGCGAGCAGCAAGAUGGUCCCCUUCUUGCGAUUCUCAGCCUCUUGCAAUCUAUAUUUCACUGGUACAGCACAAGCAAAGGAGUGUUUGGCUCCUUAGUCUGGGCCGCUACCACCACCAACGAAGAUUAUGUUCGCAUGCAAGGCCUUAAGCACCUGGUCGAUAACCCUUCACACCGAAAGGAGCUUGUCGCGGGCAACCUCGGCGAAUACGUCACUGCACAAUUUCGUAAUUCUGCUAAGCGCGUCGGCGACGACGCGGGUGAGUUCCUGGAGAUGCGUCGAGCCCAUACUAUCAAGGAUCGUUUGAGCAUCGCGUCCAUCCUCCGCGAACCAAUGCGUGAACUGCCCCAGAUCGUCUUCACCCUGCGCGCAGUGCAAAAACCAAUGUCCAUUCCCCUCUCGUUGGCAUCACUCACGCUGAUCAAUCAAACAUCUAACUCGUUCAGUUCCACACUUUUCUCGCUAUUCGGAGAGUCCUUCUCGCUUGCAGAGCAGUUUGCCAACGUACGCAAGCUAUAUGAGAUUGAGAAUGUGCAGAAUAAGGUGGUGGAUGGCACAAAAUCAUUCCCUGAGGACCAGCAGGCUCUCAGGAGUGGUAUUUCUGUUGAGUUCAGGAACGUUUCGUUCAGGUACCCUGGUGCAGAGAACUAUGCUCUCCAGAAUGUUUCGUUCUCAAUCGGCGCUGGUCAGCUUUGCGUCAUUGUCGGGGUGAAUGGUUCUGGAAAAAGCACAAUCUUGAAACUCAUCUCCCGCAUCUACGACCCGACGGAGGGUACUAUCCUUAUCGAUAACCGUGACAUCAAGACCCUCAGACUGGCCGACCUCCGUGCUGUGAUGUCCAUCCUCUUCCAAGACUACACGCACUUUCCUCUCUCGAUAAGCGAGAAUAUUGCACUUGGCAACCCUGCCCUUGCAAACGAUUACGACAAGAUUCGCGAAGCCGCCCGUCUGGGCGGCGCAGAACACUUUAUAGAUGAGCUCCCUGACGGAUUCGAUACAUACCUCGACCGCCCCGUUAAAGACUACUACUCGGGCCUUCCUGAGGGCACCACAACGCUCUUUGGUAGAUCAGUCGACUACUCCCGCGUGCGUGGUGUUGGGGGUCUCCGUGCUUCUGAGGCUUCAGGCCUCAGUGGCGGGCAGAUGCAGCGGCUUGCAGUCUCCCGCACGUUCAUGCGCUCAUUGGUCUCUGAGACAGAGUCUUCUGCGGGCAUGCUGUUAUUCGACGAGCCGAGCGCCUCUUUGGACCCUACGGCCGAACACGAUCUCUUUGAGCGUCUACGCAAGUUGAGAGGCAACAAGACCAUGAUAUUCUCCUCGCAUCGAUUCGGGAGCCUCACCCGACAUGCAGAUAUCAUUUUGUACAUGGAUGAAUCUGUUGUCCAGGAAGAAGGCACACACGACGAUUUAUUGAAGAGGGGCGGAGAGUAUGCGCGUAUUUGGAAUUUACAAGCGCAAGCUUUCAUUUAACAACCACGAACCACACGUUACACAAUACCACGAUUAUUAAAUAUCGAACCCCUGAUGCUUGUGCCCAUACAUGCAAUAGUGGCCAUCGACGGUGCGUGGCGGUGAAUCUUUCUUAGUACACUACACGAUCGUUCACACGAGCCGAAAAAAUGCGUACAUUUGCAUCCCCGACCGUUUUUCCGAGCAUCGCAUUUGGCACUCGUGCGGCUGCGGCCACACUCUGCAGUAGAAUGAC